AUGGUUUUGGGAAGGCAAGGUAAGGAAUGGCACGAUUUACGUUCUAAAACUCAGAAGCAUUUGUUGAAGCCAAAAGCUAUACAAGCGUACUUGGGAGCCAUGGAAGAUGUGGCAAGAGAUUUCGUUCAAAAGAUAUAUGAAACAAGAGAUUCUAACAAAGAAAUUCCUGGCCUUCUUGGAGAACUAUACAAGUGGGCACUUGAAUUUGUUGCAUUUGUUGGAUUGGAUACCAGACUUGGCUGCUUAGAAACAAAUUUACCACCAGAUUCCGACGGCAUGAAAAUGAUCAAUUCUGUACAGACACAGUUCGACUGUAUGAACAAACUGGAAGCAUUUUCAGGCAAUAUACAGUUUUGGAAAUAUUUUCCCACUCCAACAUGGAAGAAAUUCACGAUGGAAUGCGACGUCUUCACGCAAAUUGCUUUUAAGUACAUAAACCGUGCUAUGGAAGAGCUAAAGAAAAAAGAAGGAAAUGAAGAUAAAGAAUUAACUUUACUUCAAGCACUGCUUGCCACUAAAGGAUUAGAUGUUUCAGGGGCAAUGGUAACUGUUGCAGAUAUGCUCAUGGCCGGUAUUGAUACGACAUCACAUUCUGUUGGUUACAUGCUGUAUAAUUUGGCUAGAUUUCCGGAGAAGCAACAAAUUUUGUACGAAGAAAUUUCCAGAUUGCUUCCAUCGAAAGAUCUUAGAAUUACACAAGAAGUUUUCAGUGAGCUGAGGUACUUGAAAUCGUGCAUGAAAGAAUCACAGAGAAUGGAUCCUGUAGUCAGCGGCACUGUUCGACAAUUGGAGAACGAUGUCGUACUGUCCGGAUAUAAGGUUCCUGCUGGGACUCUUAUCGCGGUAAUAUUGCAAGAAAUCUACAGAGAUGAAAGAUAUUUCAAAAAUCCUGAAAAGUUUCUUCCUGAACGAUGGCUAGAAAAAGAAGACAAGCAUCAUCCAUAUGCCUUCCUUCCUUUCGGCUUUGGAACUCGCAGUUGCAUUGGUAGAAGACUAGCAGAAUUGGAAACCAUCAGUCUUAUGACAGAGAUAAUACGAAAUUUUAAAUUGGAGUACCAUCAUGAAGAGAUUGAUAUGUUGACUAGAAUGAUUAAUGUUCCAGAUAAACCUCUGAGGAUCAAUUUCAUUGAAAAAAGAUGCAGAAGCUUACUAUCAAAAAACUGGCAUUUGGAUGUCUUCGAGAAAAAUGGCAAUAUCAGGACUACUUCCACAAUCACUGCAAACGUUGGAACUCGCAAGGAUUCUUUGUGGGGAACAACGAAACCUUUCGAAGAUAUACCACAUUUAACUAUGCUCCCUAUCAUAGGAACUGCCUGGGCUUAUUUACCAAUCAUAGGUCGGUAUAAAAUGGAUAAACUUCAUUUAGCUACACGCCAUAAACGACAGCUGCUUGGAGAUAUCAUAAGAGAAAAGUUUGGGCAUUUAAAUAUGGUAGCAACUUUCAACCCUGAUGAUAUGGAAACUGUUUUUAGAAAUGAAGGUCCUUAUCCAAAUAGAAGUGAAUUUUCCACUAUGAAAGCGUACAGAGAAUCUAGAAAAGAAUGGUACAAGACAACUGGUAUCAUGGUCCUGCAAGGCAAGGAAUGGCAUGAUUUGCGUUCCAAAACUCAGAAACAUCUCUUGAAACCAAAGGCUAUUCAGGCAUAUUUAGGAGCAAUGCAAGAUGUGGCAAGAGAUUUCGUUCAAAAGGUAUAUGAAACUAGAGAUUCCAAUAAAGAAGUUCCUGAUCUCCUUGGAGAAAUAUACAAAUGGGCACUCGAAUCCGUUGCUUUCGUUGGCUUGGAUACGAGGCUUGGUUGCUUGAAAACCAAUCUACCGCCGGAUUCAGACGGUAUGAAAAUGAUCAGAUCUGUUCAGACGCAGUUCGAAUGCAUGAACAAAUUAGAAGCGUUUUUAGGGAAUAUUCAGUUGUGGAAGUAUUUUCCCACACCAACAUGGAAGAAAUUUACCCGGGAAUGCGAUAUUUUCACAGACUUAGAGAACUUACAUAAGGCUUUAGAAGAAUUGAAAAAAAAUGAAGAAAACGAAGAUAAAGAAUUAACUUUACUUCAAGCCAUGCUUUCCACUGAAGGACUAGAUGCCUCAGGUGCGAUGGUUACAGUUGCAGACAUGCUUACGGCCGGCAUUGAUACGACAGCAAAUUCUAUGGGUUUUCUUCUGUAUAAUUUGGCUAAGAAUCCAGAUAAACAGCAAGUUUUAUACGAAGAAAUCUCCAAAUUGCUUCCAUCGAAGAAUCACAGAAUUACUCCAAAAGUUUUCAGCGAAUUGAAAUACUUGAAAUCGUGCAUGAAAGAAUCACAAAGAACUCAUCCAAUUAUUGCAGUUUCAAUUCGACAGUUAGAGAGAGAUGUGAUACUGUCUGGAUACAAUGUUCCUGCAGGGACCCUUAUUGCAGUGGCUCUCCAAGAAAUCUACAGAGAUGAAAAGUAUUUCAAAAAUCCUGAAAAGUUUCUCCCUGAACGAUGGCUAGGAAAAGAAGACAAGUAUCAUCCAUAUGCCUUCCUCCCUUUUGGUUUUGGUACUCGCAGCUGUAUUGGUAGGAGGCUCGCAGAACUAGAAACUAUAAGUCUCAUGACAGAGAUAAUAAGGAAUUUUAAAGUGGAAUACCAUUACGAAGAUAUUGAUAUGCUUACUCGAACAAUUAAUGCUCCAGAUAAACCUCUAAGGAUAAAUUUCAUCGAACGGUAAUUAGCAUUCAUUAGAGUUUCCAUCAUCGAUGAAAGAAAAGGAACUGAUAACUUACAUUUAAAUUUCCCAAGCCUAAUCAUCUGUAGACGAAUAUAUGUACAAAAUAAACAAU